GUGCACGAAAAGCGACAGCAAAACAAAAACAAAUUGGAACGAAAUCAUUUCAAAAUCAUUGUCUUGAAAUGGACGGUGAAAAUCCAAAGUCCACGGGUAAUGAGUCACGCUGCGUUUUUUUCAAUACAGAUUCAGACGACUAUCGAUGCGUGGUGAUUUUAACAGUAAAACGAGCCACAGGAACCUUCUCCUUAGUAGGAUGCAUUUUCAUGCUCUUUGUGAUCUGGCUGCUUCGCAGGUAUCACUCUUUGGCUCAGAAGAUGAUUCUCAGCCUGACUGUAGCUGCCUUCUUUGACAGCGUAGCGUAUGUCAUGGGCGAGUCACAUCCAGAGGGAUCGCUUUGCGACUUCCAGGCCUGGUGGCUGACGUACUUUGACUGGAGUGCCUUGGCCUGGGUUUGCCUCAUCACACUGAACCUGUACCUCAACCUGGUCAGAGAAGUAAGCACCAACAGAUAUGAGAUGUUGUACCAUCUGAUGGCGUGGGGGGUGCCUCUGGUCAUGGCCUCUUUGCCGCUGCUAAAGGGUUACUAUGGCCCCGCGGGGGCCUGGUGCUGGAUCACAGACGAUCACGUAGCCUGGAGAUUUGGGAUAUGGUACGUGCCCCUGUUCAGCCUCAUUUUCCUGAUGAUCUGCUGCUACGCCAGGAUCAUCUGCGUGGCCAAUGAGAGGAUGCAGUCGUGGCGGGGAACUUUCAACCCAGAGAGAGAGAGACGAAAGGUUUCCUUGGCUGAGGAGAUCAAGCCGUUGAAGUGGUACCCCUCCGUUUACCUGCUGGUGUCUAUCUUCCCCCUCAUCAACAGGCUCCAUAAUGCCUUCUACCCACAGGAGCCAUCCUUCUCGCUCACCCUGUUGCACGUCAUGUCAGCGCCACUCCACGGCUUGGCCAAUGCCUUCGUCUUUGGCCUGGAUAGAGAUUGGUGGAGCCUACUGAGCCCUACUGGCAUGCAGCUGGCUCUGCAGUCGCGGCUGUGUGACAGGACUCGGAUCGGAGAGUACCACCCCGGGGCGGUGCGCUACACGCAGGCUGACCUGGCCGACCUCAGCGAUGACGACGACGAUGACACCAACGUGCUCUUCUACUCUCCUGACAUGACCCUGAAAGACCGAGGGCCCUGAGAGAGAGAGAGCUGGAGAGAGAGAGAGAGGGAGAGACAAAAGAGCUGGAGGAAAGGAGAGCGAAGGAGGGUCACAGCCAGGAAGAAACGCAGCGGAUUAGAAACUGAGAAGGAGGAACAAGAGGUAGGGAGGGAAUGGAAGGGAAGAUUGGGGGGACAGUCAGGCAGAUAGAAGCCGGAGAUGAGCUGUCAGGUUCCAUUAUUAAUCCCCAUCCUUUACUAUUUAAUAUCCUAAAGACACACACACAUACACACACACACACACACACACACACACACACACACACACAUACUGAGCAGAGCUGCAGCUCCCUGCAAUACUACCCUCAGACAGGAGCAAGAAAAGAGCGGCUCUAAAGAUCCUCCUAAUGUUAAAGGCAUCUGCUGCAUCCCAAAGGUCUUAAAGCGAUUUCCCUCCCUGCACCGCCUUCUCGAUUCUUGCACUCUGCAGCGUUUUUAAGCAUGCCACAGAAACGGAAGAGAGGGGAAACGUACGGGACUGCUGAAAGGCGAUCAUAACAAGGUGUUAGUUUAGCAUUCGCUGCAAUUACCUUCUCACUCGUCUGCAGGGGAUGAGGUGAAAAGCAGCCUUUAAAAAGUGCCCCAUGUGUCAGAUGUGAAAGUGUCUGCAUCCACGCUGAGAUUGAUCUGGGUACCGAGCAGUUCUCUGUUUGAUAGGGGGGAGAUGGGGAACAGUGGAAAUUAAGGAGGGGCUUUAAAAAACAAUAAAGAUGACCAGGUAUGGCAAAUAAGACCCACAGCAUGAGCUUCACGUGCAGGGAAAAUCUCCUUCCUCAGACAGUAUUUGUUUUUCUGUUUUUCUCUUUGCAUAUGGCAUUGCUGCCGCACAAGUAUUCUUUUGAAAGAUUGUUUUGUAUUUUUUAUGAAGUACUACUUUUGUUUGUAUUACUGUAUUUAUAACAGAUCAAUGUACUGUAUAUAUUGAAGUGUACACUCUAUUUUUGUACGUGCCUUGGACUGGAAUGUGAAGAAAAAGCUCCUCUUGGUCCAAACCUGCUGCUCUCGCGUGACAGUCCAGCAGUACCGGAUUCAGUACAAAGUCGCAGCCUCAUGAACAGCUAGAAGAAAAAGCAUGUUGUUGAUCAAACACACACAGACACACACGCUGUCGCUAAAGUGGCUGCCAAAGCAGGUUGGAAAAGAUGACACACACAGGGCACCCACGGCAUAGAUGGAGCCUUUGAUGGUUCAUCAUCUCACGGCCAUCGUCGGUGACGCUGAGGAGGACGUGGCUGAGGUGUGAUUGGCGGGAUGAUAGACCCGCUUUAUAUUCAACCUCCGCCUGUUAGGUUUUUUCCCAUAUUUAAGUGGUUUCAUCACUGUCGGCGCGUCAGCCGCCUCUCUGACAAGUUGAACUAAUGAAUCCACACUUGACCCUUUUUACCCUUGAGUUGUUGAACUUUUCUGCUGGGCGUCAGUGACGCCGGUUUGCAGUUCACAGAGCCCCUCCACUGUAUUACACACACACACACAUACACACACACACACACACUUGCACUGUGCCCCAACCCCUCUUUUGGCACUGUUGCUGGUUUUACUUGACUGUGCACUCCAUCAAAUAAAUGAGCAGGAGAGACA